AUGACCGGAGGCAGCCGCCUUAUGGAAUGGGAAAUUAUAACAGAAAAAAACCCUUGCCCCUACAAAGGAAGGAUCUUGAUUUACCUUAUGGCGGUAGUUGUUUGUACCACAGUUACCGGGCAGGUUCACUAUUCAAUUCCGAAGGAAAUGGCAAAAGGCUCGUUCAUGGGGGAUGUUUCCAAGGACCUAAGGAUGGAGUCCAAGGUGCUUUCGUACCGCGGUGUCCGCCUUGUUUCCAGAAGGAGGACUCAGUAUUUUGCUCUGAAUGAGAGAAAUGACCAUUUGAAUGUCAAUGAAAUGAUUGACAGGGAACAGAUAUGUGGUCCAAUCAGCUACUGUAUAUUAAAUGUUGAGAUACUUCUUGAACAUCCUCUGGAGCUCAACCGGGUUGAAAUGCAAAUUCAGGAUAUUAAUGAUAAUGCUCGCAGAUUCCCAGUGGAGGAAACUGUUAAAAUGAGUGAAAUCACUCCCUUGGGGACACGAUCGCGUCUGUAGGAUGCAGAAGAUACUGAUGUGGGUAUCAAUUCUAUGCAAACCUAUAGGCUCAGCACUAAUGCACAUUUCGAUCUGAAUGUGCAAACCGGAACAAAUGGGGAAAAGUCUGCAGAGCUAGUCUUGGAAAAUCUGGACAGAGAAGAACGUUCUGUUCAUAAAAUCAUCCUCACAGCCAGUGAUGGCGGAGAUCCGGUGAGGUCAGGUACAGCCACAAUCCGGAUUAUUGUAAUAGAUAUAAAUGACAAGGCACCCGCUUUUAAUCAAUCCGUUUAUAGAUUAUAUAUGGAAACCAUGCCGGUGAGUGCAAUGGUGACUCGAAAACAUGCCACGGAUUUAGACAAAGGGUUAACUAGGAGAACUUACUCUUUUAUUAAAGUAACCGGUAGAGCCACGGAAGUUUUCUGAAUAGACUCUAAAAGUGGAGACAUGUCAGUCUGGAGAAAAAUUAAGUUAAAAGAAACUGAAUUGUAUGAAAUGGAAGUGCAGGCCUGUGACGCUGGAGGCCUCUCUACCUGUUCCAAAGUUUUAAUCCAGGUGGUGGAGGUCAAUGACAACGCUCCAUAAAUUACCAUCACGUCCUUGUUUAGUCCACUUAGUGAAGGCAAAUCCCCGGCCAUGGUGUCCGCCCUAUUAAACGUAAAUGACUGGGGUUUUGCAGACAAUGGUCGAAUCACAUGUUCUACAGCGGAAAAUGUCCCGUUCUUGUUAAAUAAAUCACCUGAUAACUAUUAUAGCUUGGUGACGGUUUUGGACAGAGGGUCCAUUUUAGAGUACAAUAUUAUUGUCACAGCCACCGACAGAGGAAGUCCACCUCUAUCAGCAACCACCGCCAUGCUCGUGCAGCUCCUAGACGAAAACGACAACCCCACAGUCUUUGACCAGACGUUGUGCACGUACACCAUCACGGAAAACAAUCCCAGAGGCUAGGUCUUGUCUAUACACACAAGUGACCGAGACUUGGACGAAAAUGCGAAAGUCUCCUAUUCCUUUAUUAAAGAAGGCAUUAACGAAAUGCUUCUUUCUUACCUCUCGAUCCACUCGGAGGGCGGCGCGGUGCAUGCGCUGCGCGCCCUGGACUACGAGCAGGUGCGCGAGAUCCGCUUCGCCGUGGAGGCGCGGGACGGCGGGUCGCCGCCACGCCACCGGCCCCAGAUCCUGUACCCGGCGGCGCCCCGCGACGGCUCGACGGGCGUGGAGCUGGCGCCGCGCUCGGCCGAGCCGGGCUACCUGGUGACCAAGGUGGUGGCGGUGGACGCGGACGCGGGGCAGAACGCCUGGCUGUCGUACGAGCUGCUCAAGGCCAUUCUCAAACUGCAUGUACAAUCGUCCUGCCAACUAUCAAGAUUAGGUAAUUUUGUUCUAACCCGCUGGACGUAG